GCAUCACGGGGCAACCCGACACUGGCUCGCGGCUCCGAUUGAGGCAACAUUUAUUUUCGCAGUCUUCGCCGCUCACUCUGGGCCGCCUCUUCUGCCGUCUCCCCGAAGCCUCGACAUGGAGAAGGGAGCCUGCCCUUGAAUCCGCUCAUCAUGUCACAGCCGUACAUGUCUCUGUUCCCUCCCGAUCCCGUCUACGGCUUUCCGCCCGAGGCCUUCGAACCGUCGAGCCUUCCGGACGGCGACCACGAAUUCGUCACUGCGCAGGACCUCGAAGCGUUCGAGAAGGCGCUCCAGGCCCCGGAUCCUCUCCAGAGCCCUGUCGAUGAGACGGGAUGCCGAUCGCCGCGCAGCCCCAGCACCUACAGCCUGACUAAACGACCUUCGCAGUCGGAAUCUGGCCUCGAGAUCGAUGUCGCCGCCAUCGCAGCCGCUGCAGGUGCCGCCUCGGGGGACUUGCCUGUCCCGCAGACGCCGAGCCAGGGGACCUUCAUCACGGCACAGAAUGACUGGGCACCCGUGAACCCCAAGGCCUACCGCAGCAAGCGAGGUCACAAGAAGCAGAAGAAGUACAAGAAGCAUGCCAGAAAGGGCAAAGGAGCCAUCGAGGGCCUGCUGGGCACCCGGACCAAGGACGAGACCCGCGAGGGAUAUCUAUACCGGGUCUUGAAAUGGCCCCUGCUGUUCUUCGUCGUUACGUGGCUCGCGGGCUUGGCGGUGGCGUAUCUCUCGACGAGGCUGUAUAUCUGGGUCUUUGAGCACUUCUUCACAUGGCGUGGUCAACGGCAACGACUACGAACGAGCAUGCGAAAUACAUCUCAUUACCGUGACUGGGUGGCCGCCGCGAAGGAGUUGGACGGCUAUCUGGGACGCCAAACCUGGAAGGAAGAGAACGACUACGCAUACUACGACUCGAAUACGGUACGCAAAGUGUGGGAGCAGAUGAGAAAGACGAGAGUGCUCGCAGAGGAGCAAGAAGGAAAGGGCAAAAGGGGCGACGGAGGAAAGGCAAUCGACGACUUGAGGGCCUUGACCGAAGCAUGCGUCAAGAAUAACUUUGUUGGCGUUGAGAACUCGAGGUUGUAUAGCCAGACGUACUACGGGACGAAAAACCUGGUCCAGAAUUUCCUUGAUGAGGUUGAAAGGAGCUUGAAGUUCUUGAUAAAGACACCACAGCUUGAGAUGGAACAAAAGCGAGUCCUCUUUAAGCAUGUCUACGCAAACUACGGACGAACGGCACUGUGCCUCUCUGGAGGUGCAGCAUUUGCGUAUUACCACGCUGGAGUUGUCAAAGCGCUCCUGGAUGAGGACCUUUUACCCGAUGUCAUUACCGGAACUAGCGGCGGCGCUCUGAUGGCUGCUCUUGUUGCUACCCGCACCAACGAUGAGUUGAAGGAGCUUCUGAUCCCAGCCUUGGCAGAGCGGAUCAACGCUUGCAGUGAGCCCUUUACCACCUGGGUUCCUCGGUGGUGGAAGACGGGCGCUCGAUUUGACUCGGUGGACUGGGCCGAGCGAUGUAGCUGGUGGACCCGGGGUUCAAUGACUUUUAAGGAGGCAUUCGAACGGACUGGGCGUAUUCUCAAUGUGACUUGCGUCCCGGCAGACCCACACUCACCGACAAUUCUUUGCAACUACUUGACGAGCCCGGACUGCGUCAUCUGGUCAGCUGUGUUGGCGUCGGCGGCGGUGCCUGGCAUCUUGAACCCCGUGGUUCUGAUGAUGAAGACGCGGGACGGGACACUGGUGCCAUACUCGUUUGGACACAAGUGGAAGGAUGGCAGCCUACGGACCGACAUUCCUAUCAAGGCUCUCAACACACAAUUCAACGUCAACUUUACCAUUGUCAGCCAGGUCAACCCUCAUAUCAACCUCUUCUUCUUCUCGUCUCGAGGGUCGGUAGGCCACCCGGUGACGCACCGCAAGGGCCGAGGAUGGCGAGGUGGAUAUCUCAUGUCGGCCUUUGAGCACUACCUCAAGCUGGACAUGAACAAGUGGCUCAAAUUUAUCCGACACGCGGAGCUGCUCCCGCGGCCGCUGGGGCAGGACUGGAGUCAGCUGUGGCUGCAGCAGUUCAGUGGAACCAUUACUAUCUGGCCCAAGACGAUCCUGUCGGACUUUUGGCACAUCUUGUCAGACCCGGAACCUCCCCGACUGGCGCGGAUGAUCCAUGAGGGACGACAGAGCGCGUUCCCGAAGCUCAAGUUUGUGGCAAACCGGCUCAAGCUGGAGCGGCUGGUGGAACAAGGCCGACAAGAGUCGCGGCCGUGGGUGCGCCGCGGCAGUCUUCAGACUAUUUUGAGUGAUGAUGACCUGCGAAGCUUAUUGGUGGAAGAGAUUGGCAACAGUGCGACUACGGAGGAGGAGACAACGGACGCGGAGGAGGUGAAUGGGCUUGGGAUGGCAUUGGGGAUGACGUCGCUUGAUGAGAAGAGCGAUUGAUUCAAUUUAGACGUGAAUCUUGCUUUAUGGCGAUCACGGGGAUCAGUCGAUCCAGUACUACCCAGGGGUGUACUCUGGCGUUGGAUGGAGUCAUGAGAUGGAUCAAGGAUUCGGAUUUGGGCCUGGGAAUUGGGCAUAUGGAUGGGAGGCAUUGGGACACUAGGUAUUCACAAGACUAUUGGUAUUU